UUGAUGGCUGUCAAAUCUGGAUAGCUAGGUUUAUAAACAAUGGUAUUUUUAGCAGGUUGUCUGUUAGGUAACACAUGCGCAAGAAGUUAAGACAAGAUAAAAGGAUAACAGAGCAAAAUGCAGCCGGCUUAUCUUAAAAUGUUUUUAAUGUCUGCCGUGUUUUCAAGUAUUUGCUUUGUUUUUGUCUCUUCAGACAUUUGGGGAAGGAUUGACCGAAACUCAAAGAAAGCUUUGGAUGCAAGGGACCUCAUAGCUGACGCACUUGGUAAAAUUGAAAACAGGAUUUUAACAUCGCAACAUGCUUUUCAAAGGCUUGAUGCAAUGCCUAACACCAGAGAGUACCGAAUUAGAUUUGAAUCUGCUAUGACGAACUUUCCAUUCAGAGUGGAAACGUGCCAAGGAGAUGUUUUGGUACACAGAAUGUACAUAUUGUCGCCUGCUGAUAUAGCUAACGUAGACAGCAUGGGAACUAAUAACUCCGAUAUCUUUAGUGUUUAGCAGUUCCUAUUCUGUUCUCUCUUUCUAAUACCAAAUUUUUUAUACUGAUUUAAAAUAAACAUUAUAUUGAAGCGGGAUUAUAAAAGUGACUAAGAAAAUUAAAUAUUUGUAUUUGAAGUAAAACUAUUGCCGUUUUCUUUUUGAAACUUUGAGACUUGAACUGUUAACGUUGGUGUCAUUACCUACUUUUCGUUCGAUACUCUACUAGAUACCUUGCCGGUGCCACUGAAUUAUGUCGGGGUUCCGUUCUACAACAUCGCCUUGCCCUGUGGAAUUUUGUUCUCAUAUUGAAACAAAUAGGCUUAAAUUAUGGCAGAUAUAACAAUAUUUGUGAUUUCUCAAAGUAAUGAAGACAUUUUUAUGAAACUAACAAAAUGGACAGAUUGCUGUAAUGUUGACUAUAGGGAGUCAGCGACCUCGUCAAGAUUUCUGAUUCUAGUGUUUACGCUUCUUCAGUAUAAAUUUUUUAUUUAAGGUAUUUACUUCAAACAUCAAUUACAUUUUUCUGAUCAUAAACCACGUCAUAUGUGACAAGGUUUACAACACUAGCACAAAACAUCAUAGACGUCUGUUCGUUUACGUCAUUUCCGUUAAGUAGCAGCUGACGAAGCUUUUAAAGCGAAAUAUGUAUUGUUAUUUACAUUUGUUUUGGUUUUUGAUAUCUUUGUCCUCCCUUGAACUAAGAAUUUUCAUGAAAAAAUGUUGUUUUUUUUUUUUGUUUUUUUUUGUUUUUUUCAUAACUUUUUUCAUUUCUUAAUGCAUAUGCUUCAAACUUCAUUUAUAUGUUUCUAAUUAUCACUCAAAUUAUUUGAAAGAAGGUUUAAUACUCUAGCUUGACUAAUUCAAGAAUUAUGUCCCCCUUGAACUUAGUUUUCUUAUCUUUCUAGAAAUUACUAUUAUUUACUCAAACUUCCUCAUUGCUUUUAGGAUUUACUUCAAAUGCACACAUCAUUAUAAUAUGACAAGGUUUAUAUAUAUAGAAUCCAUAUUUUCAGAAUUACCUUCUCCUUGAACUUUGAAUUUUCCUUUCAUUCUUUUUUUUUCUUCGAAGAUUUACUUUAAAUUUAUAAUAUACAGUCAUUAUCAAUACCUACAUUAUAUGUGAUUUGAUAAAUUAUAUUUUGAGAAAUUAAAAAUAGUCCAAGAGUUGCAAAAAGAUCUGAUAUAAAUGCAGGAGAUUGUCGUACCUGCUCCAUGUGACAUAUACAUAUGAUUGUUACCUUGUUCCGCAUAUAUGACUGAAAUACUGUUGGGAAAAGGCGUAAAAUGAAACAAACAAACAAAACAAACAAAGUUACCAUGUUUAUUUGAAUACAUUGCGCCACGGGUAACCUUAAAGUAUUUCAUUAAUAAGAUAACCUUACGGUUUAUGCCAAUGCUAACUUUUGAACGCCAUCGCCGUUAUAAUUAUGGUAAUGCAAUACCGCUAACGAAUGAUUGGUCUGUCGUGUGUGAAAAUGUCAUAGAUAUACCAUUGUUAGACGUGACAUGUAUUAUUUAGAAGACAAAUUUACAUCAGGCAGUCUGAUUUGUAUUAUGCAGGCAAAUACGGUAACUUAGGUUCCUGUUAAUUUCCAGUUAACUAAAAUUCAACGAUUUAGAAUGAUUUUUAAUGAAAUAAAAGUCACUUACAAACAUUAAAUUUUGUCACGGCUAUUUUAUGUCUUUUUUAUUGAUCAAUGGUUAACAGGCUUCAUAACCUCUGAUCCCCUUUCGAAAUUCAAUUUUAUUUAGUUUCCGUCUAGUGCAAACGCAUUUUUUACUUGGGGGCUAUAUGCCGCUUUUCAUGGAAUGACACUUAUAUGUCACAUUGAAGGUUCCAUGAUGACCGCAAUAUAAGCACAGUUUCGGAUGUUUCAAGAUUCCAAAUUUUACCAUUUCAUGUUAAAUGUUGAAUACUGCUAAAGCCGGUGCUAAAGGGCGUGGACGGUAACUUGCACUUUCCAUUGCCGUUCAUGAACUGGCUCAAUCAAACCGAGCCUGCAACAUUUUCAAUUUUGUCGUUUUGUGCGUUCUUUGAGGAGUUUUUAUUUCUAUCUAUUUUACCAUUCGCAUAUAAAUACAAACUUGCCUCGUGCAUUAAUAUCUGCAGAGACACAAAUAAUUAUUUGAUGGUCUCGGAAUUAAAUUCAGUACGAGGGCUUCCGCAGCAUAAAGGUCCGGUGUUAUUUGAGAUAGGAUUGAGAAAUAAAGUAAAAAACAGUUACUAAAUGAAAACCUUAACGAAUGACGAAAAAAGGAACAAUUUAAGAGUUGAACUCUGUAAAGAAGAAAGCCCGAUAUGAAGAAACUAAAAUUUUGUUUUGAAUACAAGGUAGUAUCGUUUUGGUAUUUAUGUAUCUUGAAUAUUUUCCGUCAUUUGUACAAUCUCUCCAUAACUUGGUUCAAAGAAGCAAAAUGAAAUAAAGUCAUGCAAUAUAAAAAAAAUUAAUUAUAUAGAUUUAACGCGAAUAUUGAUAACAAAUGAAUGUCAGCCAACUAUGAAAUUACGGAAAGAAAGUGAUCCCUCGGAAGCAUUAAUCACAACAAAAUUACAAGAGAAUUGCAGACUCGGUUUGAUUGAGUCUGUACAACACUGAAAGACAAUGUAAACUAUUUGAGAAGUUAAUUUAUAUUCUUGGAUACAAAUAUUGAUUUCGUUUAUGUCUGUGUUAGCGUUGAUUGUGAAAUAUUCCAGAUUAAGGCUUCGUUAUUUUGUAUUAUUUAGUAUUCAAGUACAUAACCAAAGUCUUGUCUUUAUAAAUGGAUUUUAUAUCGAAUUUGUU